CUCGCACCCAUUCGUGUUUGUUGUGUUUGUUACUCUGACGAAAUGGCUGCCGAAGGGAGCGAUCUUCUCGACAACCUAUCUUCGAAGGAAAGGCAAAUUUUGUUACGGGCGGCGGAAUUUGGAAGCCUCGCCUUCGAAACGUCGCCGGCUCCGCGAGCUCAACGGGACGAACAUGUUGACGCGGCAGCGUGCGGGAGCAGCAGCCGCCUGAAUUCCACAGAUUGGUGCCGUUGUGGGUCAUGCGUCGCCAUGCCCACUGAAGAAGAGUGCCUCUGCUGUAAGGAGCUCCAGGGCACCGCUGAACCACUGAGCUUCUCGUGUAUCACGGAGCACGAAGGUUUCAAAUUGUUAUGCCUCAACCAAACCGUCCUUAAGGUGGCGUACUUUGAACUUCGGGGCCAGCGGGAACCGAUGAGCGCACAUAUUCACAAGAGAUACCGAUACACAGCAUACCGCCAGUUCGCGAGGUGGGUGUGGCACAAGCUUGGAAAAAACAAGCGCAUGGUGAUUCCAGCUUGUGCUGUGAACACCAUUCGCGAAGCCUUUCCAUCAGAGUCAAGGACAGGCUUCAGAUAUGCAAGGUACUAAGCAAGGCACUAAAACUGGAACAAGACCACCACGUGAUGACACUGGAUGAUGGACUGCUACAAGUGUGCUGCAGUCAUGGCAAGAACUGUUUGCAGUGUGCUCGUAAAGCAGUGUUGAGGAUUGGACUGGUACAAAUUGGACUCAAAUCUGAACAGGAAUGAUGGUAGAGCAAAAUGAAAUUGGGGCUGGAUUUAAAAUUGCAAUGACAAUUAUUUUAGGUACUAGCGAUUCGGUGGAGAGUACGGAUUGCUUAUGCUGGAAGGGACAUUAAGCCGUGUGUGAGAUUUCACGUGCGUUAAAGAACCCUGAGGUGGGCAAAAUUAAUCCACAGACUGACCACUGUGGUGUCGCUCAUGAUCAUAGUUGUCUCGCGGUGUAAACCCCGAAUUAUUAUUAUUUUAGCUACCAGGAGGGUACGGAUGGCUUAGGCGCGGAAUGUUGAUAACAGAAUGCCAUCCCGCCCGAGGUUUGAACCUUGUCGAGCAGGCUAGCAAUUCGGUGGCUGGUAGGGGUUCUUUACACAUGACGUGUCCAGGAGGGAUGCUAAAUGCUGUUUCCAGUGUGCAUACACACACACGCUAUAAUAAAGGAAACCUCAGGUGGGCAAAAUUAAUUCACAGACGUGCUAUGGCGUCACUGAUAGUCAUAGUUGUCCCGUGGUGUGAAACCCAAUUAUAAUUUUACAGAACGCAGUCUGCGAAGGUCUGUUCGCAUGUUAAAAACUGGCACGAGGGCGAAAUUAUCCACUGGUUGACCACUGUCGUGAAGCUCAUGAUCAUGGUUGUCAUGCGAUGUAAAGCCACAAAAUAGUUAGAA